UCGAAGCCAGAACUAGGAGCAGAUGGGGCCAGUAACUGUGCACUCUCUCCUGUGGGAUCCACCCCUUCCUCGUCCCUCCCAGCCUUCUUCUCCCUUCUCUUCCCCAGCUGGAACAAAGCCAGGAGGUGGAGCCGGGGGGAGGGGUGGUUCCUUAUAGUCUAGGUGGAGGCGAUCCGGUGAGCAUUCCGCGUCCUAACCGGUGUCUAAUGAGCUGGGCCGACCUGCCUGGGAGCUCCGCAACGGAUUGGACCUAGCUGUAUGUCUCCCCAUAGCGCUGAGCCCGACGCAGAGAGCGCCUUCCAACCUAAGAUGGGGGUCCCUCGAAGGCCAGGGGACGCUGCAGAACUGCGCAAGACUCUGAAGCCUCUAAUGGAGAAACGCCGACGAGCGCGCAUCAACGAGAGCCUUACCCAGCUCAAGGGUCUCAUCUUACCACUUAUCGGCAAGGAUAGUUCCCGCUACUCGAAGCUGGAGAAGGCAGACAUCCUAGAAAUGACAGUGCGCUUCCUUCAGGAGCUGCCGACGUCCCACUGCCAUGCCGCUCCCACCUUAGCAGACAGCUACAGAGAAGGAUACCGGGCCUGUCUCAGCUGCCUGACCCGGGUUCUGCCCACCUGCAGCCUCCUCGAUGGGGAGGUAUGCAGCCGACUCCUGGAGCACCUGCACCGAAGCGCCUCGGGCCAGUACCCUCUCGGGCUCCCGGACUCCCUUAGCAGCCCCAAAGACUCGAGCUCUGAGUCCCCAGAUAGAAUGCGGCUGGCUUCCUCUCCUCGUGAAUCUGGCUGUCCUCCUGGCCCCCCACCUUCUGGACUCUGGCGCCCCUGGUAGCCCCCUUAGAGGUGAGGGGGGACCUCUUUCGGACCUAUAUUUAUUCGAAAUCACAGGGAUAGAAGAAAAAUGGACAGAAAAUCUCUGGGGUGAACGGGGUUCCUGGGGCCAAGUGCCUUAUCUACUCCUUAGGCCCCAACUCCAUCUUCCAGCCUUCUCACUAUCACUGCACUUUGUAGCUUUUGGUUUCUUCACAGAGGAAACCAAAAGCCUUUUUUUUUCUUUCCCCUAAUGGGUUUUGUUUUGUUAAACAUCCCCUCCCCCAAUAAAGCCUUUUGCAGAAGUGCUAGACUCUGAGGGCCACUCUGCUGAUUUCGGAGAAGAGGACAAGGGCCCAGUGCACAUAAGAGGGAGAUUCUGCUCUGAGCUUGGACAUGUUGGCUUCUCCUGGUCCUCAGAAUGAGCAUCAGUUCCAUUGGAGUCAGAAGAUCUACCAGUCCCUGGGACUGGGGCUUUGCUGUUGGGUACCCCUCUUCUAAAGAGGUGGCUGUGGAUGCUGUCAGCACUGAGCUGCCUGAGGCAGGUUGCAGGCUGACCUGCUUCUACCCUGGCCCCCAGUACCAGGACUAGAGCUCUCCUGAUGCAACCCUGACCCCACCCUAAGGGAGAGGAUGGGAUGUGCAGUGGGAUCUUUGCCCGGGCCUGUCUCCUCACCUGGGACAGGCCGGAGCAAAAGCAGCAAAAUAUAGCCGGCUUCAGAUCUGACAGUGGAAACUCUGAGACAGGAGGAAGAGGGGCUGGGGAAGAGAUGACUUCCCCAACAAGGGGAUGUGGUGACUUAGAAGGCUUUUGGAGUUUGUCAAAUCCAAAUAAUUGUUUCUGGGUCCUUAUCCCGGAAGGCUACUGUGCCUGCAGGAUCAAAGCCCCUGGGUUUUCCCACUCACCUCCUUUGCUCUGCUUUGCCAAUCACCCACUCACAUUUAUUGAGUGACUACCAUCUACAGGGCCCUGAGCCCCGUGGGGCAGCAAAACAGAAACUCCUGGGAGCCAGAAGGCUGCUUGGCUCAGGAGCUUUGCUCAGGGCACCUAGAACUCAGUCUCUAGACUGGGGCUGCCUUGAGAGUAAUGGUAUUCCAGUCCUGGCACUCAGAGCUAGGGAGAGAAACUGAGGCUAUGCUCAUGGGAAGUAGUAGCUAGCCUCUGAAGGUCUUUUCCUCUUUUUAUUUCUUCUCUGCCCUGGGUUGCAGGAAAAGACACCAAAGAGAAUGACCCUUCUUUCAGGAUCCCCAAUUCAUAUUCUUCCCCAGAGCCUGAAUUUCAGCUUUCCUCAAUUGCUCUAUAUCUACACCAGGCCUCCCAAAUCUCCUCUCAACCGCUCUGGUGUCUUCAAGCACUGGGAGAAGGAAUAUACCAGAUGAAGGGCAUCUGGGGUCUCUAGAUAAGGACCCAGAGAAAUAUUAUCUGAAGUUUUUGCUAGAAGGCUAAGGGCCAUGAGUCUUCCGGGGGACAUAGCUAGAAAGUGUAUGAGGCUACCUUUGAACACAGGUUUUCCUGAUGUAUAUACAUAUAUAUGUGUAUAUAUA